AUAUAUACUAGAGCAUUCCUUUCCAUUUGCAGCGUCGACAUCAAAACUGAAACCUUAAAGAAGAAGAGUGUUAUGUAAUGGCGCCAAAGAAGGAUAAAUCUCCACCGUCGGAUCCUAAUGGAAUAUUUUGUGGUAUGAUUGUCUUCUUGAUCCAAACAGGAGUUCAAUCCAGACGGUUACAGAUAUGGAAGCAGAAAUUGGUGCAAAUGGGGGCUAAAAUAGAGGAGCGGUUUACCAAAAAUGUUACUCAUGUUUUUGCAAUGGAUGCAAAUUCGCUUCUUCAGAAACUUGAUAAAGAACGUCUGAUUCGCUCCAAAGCUAAACUUCUCGCAUAUCAGUGGCUAGAGGACAGCUUGAUAGAAGGACAAAAAGCAUCUGAGGAUCUGUAUGUCUUGUCCCUGCAAUCGGAAGGAGGAGACUCCCUUAGUCCUAAAGCUGAUAAUGACGGUCAUUCUAAUAGCAGCGGAGUUACACUAAAGAAAAGUCAAAUCUCUGCUGAAGAUGCCAAGAAUUCAAGCCCAAGACACAUGAAUGACACUAAAGGCCUUGCUGUACAUGAUUCACGAGAUACUAAAAGUGCCUCAUCACCCGCAUCACGUUCUUCAAGCCCAGAAGUGGCCAGUCCUGAGUCCAUUGAUUCUCAUAAUAAGCCUGUUGAAACACCAGACCCAUCUUCACUAUAUAAGCCUCCGGAUUUAAACCGAAAUAUCACUCAGAUAUUUGGGAAGCUUAUCAAUAUAUAUAGAGCACUGGGUGAUGACCGGAGAUCAUUCAGCUAUUAUAAAGCUAUAGCAGUUAUUGAAAAAUUGCCAUUUAAAAUUGAGAGCGUGGACCAGGUUAAGCACCUACCUUCUAUUGGAAAGUCGAUGCAAGAUCAUAUUCAGGAGAUAGUGACGACGGGGAAGCUGUCCAAAUUGGAACACUUUGAGAAGGAUGAAAAGGUAAAAACAAUCAGCUUAUUUGGAGAGGUUUGGGGUAUUGGUCCAGCCACUGCUCUAAAACUUUAUGAGAAAGGACACCGAACUCUUGAUGACCUUAGAAAUGAGGCAUCAUUGACUCAUUCUCAAAGGUUAGGGUUGAAAUAUUUUGAUGACAUCCAAACCAGGAUUCCACGGCAUGAGGUUGAAGAGAUGGAACGUAUGCUACAGAAAGCUGGAGAGGAAAUUUUGCCCGGUGUGAUUAUUGUGUGUGGAGGAUCAUAUAGACGUGGAAAGGCUUCUUGUGGUGAUAUGGACAUUGUCAUUACUCAUCCUGAUGGAAAAAGUCAUGUAGGCUUUCUUCCCAAGUUUGUAAAGCAUCUUAAGGACAUGAAGUUUUUGAGAGAAGAUUUAGUCUUCAGUGUUCAUAGCACAGAGGGUACAGAUUCAGGAGUUGACACAUAUUUUGGCCUCUGCACCUAUCCUGGUCGAGAAUUGCGACAUCGUAUUGACUUUAAGGUGUAUCCAAGGGAUAUAUAUGCAUUUGGACUGAUAGCAUGGACUGGAAAUGACGUCUUGAAUAGAAGGCUUAGAUUAUUAGCAGAAUCCAAGGGUUUCCAUUUAGAUGAUACAGGGCUAUUUCCAGCUACUCAUGGUUCCGGUGGAAAACGGACUAAAGGUAGUGCAAGCUUGAAGUUUGAUACCGAGAAGGAAGUGUUUGAAUUCCUUGGAUUUCCCGCGCUGGAGCCAAAUGAAAGGAAUUUGUGAGGAUCCCUAACAAAGACUUGGAUCUUGAGCUGUGCCACUUUUGCUAGCUUUUUGCAGGACUUAGGAGCCGGGAAAAUUUGAUCAAGCUGAUAUUUUGACUUCCAUGUCUGAAUUGUAUGGAACAAAAUGUAUGAGAUGAAAACAGUUAUUACUAUGCAUGUAGGUGUAUUUAAGGGCAAGUAUAUAUGUAAAAUAGUUACUACUUUGGAGUCAA